CACACACACACACAUCAUCCUCAGGACAACAGAGACAACCACAUGCAUGUGCACACAAACCAUCACUUUUCCUUCACAUAUCCCCCUCUACCACACAAGUCAUCCCUAACCCAUGUCCCUCUGUUGUUCCCUCCUGCAGAUUGACGGCUCCACACUCCGUACCAUCUGUAUGCAGCAUGGCCCCCUGCUGACCUUUCACCUCGGCCUGACCCAGGGCAGCGCUCUGAUUCGCUACAGCACCCCACAGGAAGCAGCAAAGGCCCAGAGCGCACUACACAUGUGUGUCCUGGGCAAUACCACCAUUUUGGCCAAGUUUGUGAGCGAAGAGGAGGUCGCUCGCUAUUUUGCACAUUCCCAGGCGGGAGGAGCAGGGUCCAGCGGAGCAGCCGGGGCCCCAGGGUCCAGCGGAGGCCAGGGGGGCCCCACAGGGACAGGCGCCAUGGGGGCCAACAGCAGCGGGGAGAGGGAACGAGACAGAACCAGAGAAGGAGAGGGAUCUGCCCCUGGAGGAGGAGGUAACGGAGGGGGAGGAGGCAGCUCGGGGCCCGUCAGCUCUGGCUGGCAGAGUUUAGACGGUACAGGAGGCUCACUGGAUCCUACCCCCACCCAGGGGCCCGGCCUGAGUAUGUUUGCCCAGUGGAGCAGCAACGGUUCUGGGGGAGGAGGGGUGGCUGGGGGUGUAGAGCCCGGCAGACAGGGUUUGUGGGGAGGGAUGGGGGGUGGAGGGUACCCCAGCAGUAGUAUGUGGGGGUCCCCUGCCAUAGAGGAUCCACACCAGAUGGGGAGUCCUGCUGCUCUGCUGCCUGGAGACCUGCUAGGAGGAGGGGCUGAUUCUAUCUGAAUGACCACACCUAAUACAUGAACGCAUACAUUACGAAAAAACAUGCACUUACACAACUUCUCCCACACACACUCAGUGGCCAGUAUAUUAGGUACACCCAUCUAGUACCGGGUCAAACCCCCCCUUUGCCUCCAGAA